GGGGGAAUUCUUCCAUCUGGAAGCUAAAGAGGUCUAAAAGUGUUCUAGCCCCUGGUAAAUAUUUUUUUCGAAGUUCCUCCCAGAGCAUUUACGAUCAAAAACAAAUGUUUGCCGUAAUUUCGGGAAGUUAUCACUGUGGUUUUUCGAUGAAUGCGCCUGCGCCGAAGAUCCCGUUCAUAUUUUUAACAUUCGGUAUAAAACGCUGCACCGGAGGCCUCACCAUUGGUUUGUUUUUGUGAUAGCAGUGUUUAUAUCGGAGACUUUAUCGUUUAUGAUCAGGAAUACAUCAGUGGUCCAAACAAUCAUGUCGAGGCCGAAGGUUCUCGUUACGAGCUGCGAUACACCGAUUGAAGUAGUGGAAUUUCUGGCCAGAAGAUGUGAUGUUACCGUUUUACCCUAUGUCUCACCAACAGAAGCCCAAGUAUUGGCGGAUCUUCCUGGACACGAUGGUGUAUUUCUCUAUGGAUGCGCCGACGUCAAUAGCCAAUUUUUUGAUAUCGCUGGUCGUAAACUGAAGGUCGCGGUGGCAGUGUCAACUGAGUUAGCUCAGCUCGAUGUCCAGGAGAUGGAAAGCAGGGAUUAUCAUGUUGGAGGUACGCUCAUGCAUUAUCACACUGCACUUGCUCAGGUUGCGGUGAUGCUCUUGCUGAAUGCUAGGAGACGCCCACUCGAGAGUUGCAUUCUUCGUGAAGAGGUAAGGACCGGAAGUCGUCCCCAGUUUACCCCAGUGUUUGACCAUCACCUUCGUGGUUCAACGGUUGGAAUAGUUGGUCUAGGAGUUCUUGCCCAUGAGGUGAUGACACAUCUACUCGGUUUUGACGUUGGAAAAUUCUUGCUUCUCGGGGACAGCCCGAAAAGAGCUUAUAGGGAACUGGUAGAUGAAUUCGUCUCCUUCGACAACAUCCUUACGCAUAGUGACUUCAUCGUCGUUACUCUACCGUUGACAAGCGAAACGCGGGGAUUGUUCGACGACGCGGCUUUCUAUAAAAUGAAGCAAAACGCUGUUCUCGUGAAUGUCGGGGGUCCAGCUGUUGUUAAAAUGAGCUCUCUUCUGAAGGCACUCCACGAGGGGGCGAUAUUGGCGGCCGGGCUGGACGUUGUUGAUCGUGAGUCAGUGCCAAACUACCGCGAACUCCUGGGGCAGCCGACUUUGGAGCUUGGGCCACGUCUUGGAGUUACUACUAACCUGUCGAGUGAAGAACGUUGCAUUUACGCUGCGCUUAGAAUUUUGAGCGUCCUUGUGAUUCGACCCAUCAUGUCUACUCCCUGGGAGUUGUAGAGUGAUACUUAGCCUGUGGGCCAAAUUAGGACUUGAUUUUGUUGUAAUAAAAAUAAUUUCAUGAAGAGUCACUUCUAACAAACAUUAUGAUAAUUUAAUUAUCAUAAUUUGAAAAUAGAACCAUUAAAAAAGAUUCUCAGUAUUUCGAAACAUCUCAGAGCUCUUCAUCAGGAGAAUUAAUUAAGGUUGUGCAGUGAGGUGAAAGCUUAUAGGAGUGGGAAUGAAGGUUAGUGUUCUAACCUCACUUUCGCGCCCCAUUCUUCAAUGUAUAACCUCCAAAUAUUGAAUUUGUUAAUUGUUGUGAGUAUUCUAGAGAUGUGAAAGUAUUAUUGUAAAUUAUGACAUACUAACAUUUUUAAUAAUAUUCUUUUAAUAUACAGAUUCAAUAAACAAU